UUUUAUUGGUUUUUUAGAAGUCUUUUAAGUGGUUCAGCCGAAUGUCACUCAUUUGCUGUAUUACAACUUCCGUAAGGCUGGAGUUCUUGCACAAGGUGGAAAAAAAACCCUUAACUCAAGAUGCAUCCAGACCUGUCUGCACACUUGCACACAGAGGAGUGUAAUGUCUUCAUCGGACAGCUCAAACAGUGCCACGCAGAGCACAACGUUCUGAGAUUUUUUGGAACGUGUAAUGACAUUGAUCGAGCAAUGCGGCAGUGUUUGAAGAAGGAGUACCAAGUGAAGAGAGCCAAGAGCCAAGCACACGCUGAAGAGAUGCAACAUAAGCUGACCCAUACUUCAAAACAAGAUGACAACUGAGUUGUGGUUUUGUACGAUUGCCAGGCUCGCUGCUGGCAGGACUAUUAUCAUACUUCAUCAGGACACUUGGCUCAAGAUCCAAGAUACUGGGGACUGGGAUGUAAAUGUAGUUGGUUUUUAAAACUUCAAGCCAUCUGGAUACAUAAAGCUUUUCUUGACAGAUGGAUGUGUUGGUUUUUAAAAUACGGAACAAUAAAAAGUCAAAUAUAAAAAAAAAAAAUUAAAAAAAUGCUGGCUUUAUUGACAGCACAAGCUGUUUUAAAAGAUAUUUGAGCCAGAAACUGUUAAUAAAAGGCUGCUAAAGAGAAUUACACUGGAGCUUCAUCAAGUCAAUACUUUCGUUUCACCAUGUAUCUCACAAAUCAAUAGAUUGGCUGUCAUAAGGUGUGUACUUUUAAUUCAAAGCUUAUUAUUUUGUUCUCUAUCUCUUUGGUAUCUGUAAUUUAUUAAGUAUUGUAAUCUGUGUCUACUUGCACUGGGAUUCAAUAAUAGUAUUUUUCAAGGCUACUCGUAUUUACGGUUAAAUACAGAAAAACAAUAUUAAAAGGCAAAUGUAAUUUAAAUAAAUAAGUACUUGGUGAUAUAUUUUAUGAAGUCCAGCAUUUACCUUUUCUAUACUAUGGAAUUUUAUACAGGCAAUGAAAACACUGCAGGCUUGGUGGAUUAUGUCACAGUGCAUAGAUUGGUAACCAGUCGUUUUGAAUUUGUUUUUUCUAUUGACCACAGUUGGGGUGUGUGGUGGGGUGCCCGUGCUGGUGUAAUAGUUACGGGAGUCUUGCAGUUGAGGUUCAAAGCAACGGGUGCUUUAUUUUUUAUAGCAGGGUAAGGUUCUUUUCACAGGUAAAGAAAAUAAACAACAAAAAUCCUAACUCCGUUUCGGAGUACUAUCUUCACUGUUUCCUUUUCCCUGUCUAACGUCAGAACGGAUAAGCUGUUUCCCUGACACAAAAUCAAACAAAACAAUAGGUUUCUUAUCAAAAUGUAAUGCAUUACACAGAACCGCCUUUGUCCAAGCCAUACUCCACACACUUGACGUUAUACUUUUAGUUUAAAUUCUUUAUUUGUCUUGUUCUAUUCUCUUCCUGUUUCCUUCCAAAGCUCUCCUACACAACCCACAGAGACUACCAUUCAGGACCCUUUUAUAGAGGUGUACCAAAUUAUUAUUAUUUGUUUAUUUAGUAGAUGCUUUUAUCCAAGGCAACUUACAGAGACUAGGGUGUGUGAACUAUGCAUCCGCUGCAGAGUCACUUACAAUUACGUCUCACCCGCAAGACGGAGCACAAGGAGGUUAAGUGAUUUGCUCUGGGUCACACAAUGAGUCAGUGGCUGAGGUGGGAUUUGAACCGGGGACCUCCUGGUUAUAAGCCCUUUUCUUUAACCACUGGACCACACAGCCUCCUACAUGUUACAAGCACACAAUUAACCUAUAAACCAUUAAUUUAAAUUAUUAUUAUUAAAUCCAAUCUCAGUGCUAGUGUGACUAUGAAAAACAGACUGUCUACUGGACAGAAUGUAUCAUUGCAGAAAAUAAUUCCCUUGUCAUUCUAAGACUAACAUAUUUAUUUUGUAGCACUUUACCACAGGUGCCAUCAAAUGGAUUAAAGUUAGACAAUUGUAAAGGUAUAGUAUGGAGGUGUGAUGACCCCCCAACACUAAAAUGAGACAGAUUCUUGUUUGUGUCCCACAAGAUAAAAGGUGCCUCAUUAGCAGCAACAGUUAAGGCCAGUUCCUUGGUGCCCAUCAUUUGUUACCAAGAGAAAUCUUCACUUUUACACACCUGUUCUAUUCGGCUCUCCUCCUACCAUUGCUUCUCUAAGCGCCAAUUUGUACGUCUUCAGGGUUCAUCACAAGAGUGGUAAAGCUGUGUGGCUGUUCUCUGGCUGCUGAUCUUGUUUCAGAGACAUUGAUAAUAAAAAAAAACACUGCUUGGAGCCAUUCACAGUGAUGUUCCAGUUAUUUAGAAAACACUGAUGGAAUAAGACAUUCACAAAAGAAUACUAUUCCCACAGGUUAGUAAAUGUUCUAGCAGAAAAUAAGCAAAAUCUUUCUUUUGGCCACCAACUGGAAUAAUAAAAAAAUAAAAAAAAAAAAAAAAAACAA